UAGUUUAUGUUAUUUUCAGGAAUAUGUCGAUUUGUCUUUAACUUAAACUUCAGUAAUAAUAUAAAACUGACUCUGUGCCAUCUUUCUACAAGUGUGUUGUGUGUGCGUUUUGCUAUCCCUGUCAAGAAAUUGCGAAAUUCUGAUGAACAUUUUCGGGGCAAGAUAAAUUCAGGGUGAAGUCAACAUGGCGGAACAGGUCAGAGUCUUAGUGCUGGAGAAGGGAGAGAACAAGGAAUCAACCCUGUAUAGAUUGGAAAAAGGCUGGAAACUUCAUUUUGUCCAAGGUCCCUCCCUUCAGGUAGAGAAUGUUCGAGUGUUUUGUAACCAUCCUACAUGUGCAGAUGUCCCAUUUAGUCGCGAGAAGUACACAGAACUCUUGUGGCAGAAUCCAAGCUCUAUGAAGUCUGAUGUUAUUGAUAUGUUUGUAGAGGUCAACAUUGUGUGUGCUGGGUCAUUCAAUUAUUAUUUCACCAUUGAUGGAGGCAAUAAUGAACUCUCCCCAAAUGGACGCGGAAGUUUCCUUGUGGAUCCUGUCAUGCAUGUUGGUUUGGAAAAUGAACCUCUCCCUAUGGACUGUGUCCAGGUCCAGUCUGUCCUCACCAAGUGUCUGGGGCCCUUCGAAGGAUGGAAAGACAAGCUGAAAGUAGCCAAAGAGUCUGGCUACAACAUGGUGCACUUUACCCCACUGCAAGAACUGGGCUACUCCAACUCUUCCUACUCGCUCAGAGAUCAGCUGAAACUUAACCCGCUUUUCUGCAAGAACAAGCAGUACACCAUGGAUGACGUGGCAGAGCUUAUUAAACUGAUGAAGAAUGAGUGGAAAGUGUUGUCUAUGACAGACCUUGUGUACAACCACACGGCCAAUGACAGCCCCUGGAUACAAGAGCACCCUGAGUGUGUGUAUAAUCUAGUCAACUCUCCACACCUUAAGCCAUCCUAUUUCCUGGAUAGGAUGCUCUGGCAUGUGACACUAGAUGUUGCUGGUGGCAAAUUAGAGUAUAGAGGAAUAACUCCAGUCAUUAAAAGUGAAACAGACCUAGAGCACAUUAGAAGUUACUUGAAUGAUGAGCUGCUGCCUAAGUACAAAUUGCAUGAAUUCUACACUGUAGAUGUGGACCAGGUUAUUAAAUCUUUCAAAAGUCAGUUAGGAGAAGGAUUAUACACAGACCUUUACCACACCAAAGGGGAUUUACAAAUUGUCCAGGAUCCUCAGUUCAAGAGAUUAGGGAGUACAGUGGAUAUGGCUAUAGCCAUGAAACUAUUUAAUGUGGACAAACCUGGUAUCCGUACGAGAGAUGAAAGGAUCCGGCUGUGCUGUGAAGAUUUACGAGUGAAAUUAGAAGAACUUAAUCAGGAGAAAGUCGAUGAGAUUCAUGGUCAUCUACAGCAGGCUGUCACAAACUUUCUUGCCAACAUCAGGUAUAGGUUUCUUCAAGAUGGAGGGCCCAAGUAUGACAAGGUAACCAGAAAGCAGCCUCUUAUGUUCAGUUACUUCUUGCCUCCCCCUGGACCAGAAUUCACCCUAGAGAAGGAAGAACAGCUGAUGCACACUGACAAGGCAAAUGUGAUGUUUGCACACAAUGGCUGGGUUAUGGGUGAUGAUCCUCUCAGGAACUUUGCUGAGCCAGGAUCUAAUGUAUACCUAAGAAGAGAGCUCAUAGUGUGGGGAGACAGUGUCAAGUUAAGAUAUGGAGAGAAAUAUGAGGACUGUCCAUUUCUGUGGGAUCAUAUGCGCCAGUACACAGUUCAGACUGUAGAAAUCUUCCACGCUGUUAGACUAGACAAUUGUCAUAGCACACCACUCCAUGUAGCAGAAUAUAUGUUGGAUGCUGCCAGGAAGAUUCGUCCUGAUCUUUAUGUGGUGGCAGAGUUGUUCACAAGGAGUGAACAUACAGACAAUAUCUUCAUGAACCACCUGGGCAUUAACUCUCUCAUCAGAGAGGCCCAGAGUGCAUGGGACUCCCACGAGGAAGGCCGCCUGGUGUAUCGCUAUGGAGGAGAACCAGUGGGGGCUUUCAUGAAGCCUGCAGUCAGACCUUUAGUGCCUGCUGUGGCACAUGCCCUCUUCUAUGAUCUCACACACGAUAAUAUGUCUCCAGUGCAGAGACGUUCAGUGUAUGACAUGCUGCCCACAGCAGCUCUGGUCUCCAUGGCAUGCUGUGCCACUGGAAGUAAUAGGGGAUAUGAUGAACUGGUGCCUCACCAUAUUCAUGUAGUAGAGGAAGGUCGGCCAUAUGCUUCUUGGACAGAUCAGACCCAUGUGUGCCACGCUACCAUCAAUAUGUGCAAUGGAAUUGUUGCAGGAAAAAGAGCUCUCAACAGGCUGCACUUUGAACUAGGAAAGAAAGGGUUUAACCAAGUAUUUGUAGACCAGAGAGACUAUGACACUGUGGCUGUGACCAGACAUAACCCACACAAUCACAUGUCUGUGGUGUUAGUGGCCAGGACAGCCUUCAAACAUCCUCACAGUCUAGACACUGGUUAUAUACCGCCUCUACACAUUGCAGGUAGAAUUGAGACAAUUGUUUUAGAGGGACAUUUAGGUGUAAUAGAGACUGUGGUCCUGGAGUCUCACCUGCAGCAUAGAGGGCACCACGCUCACAAGAAGGACCCACAGUUUAUCAAUGGUCUCCCGGACUUCCACUGCCACAUCCGAGAGGACGUUUCCCCAGAUCAGAGCCAGAUGGUUCACAUAGAACACACGGAGAACAGCCACAUAAACGUGGUCCAUUUCCACCAUUUCCCCCCUGGAAGUGUUAUAGCAUUCAGGAUUGCACUAGAUCCAGUCUCCACAGCAGCCCUCACCUCCAUUGCAACCACCUUCUCACAGCUGCCCCCCAUCAAAGACGGCCAGUUCAGUGAGACCAGUCCUUUCCACUCUAUUGUCUCCAAGUUAACACUGUCUGACCUGAACAGGGUGCUAUACCGCUGCGAUAACGAAGAAAGGGAUGAUGGGAAGGGGUUUGGCGCCUAUAAUGUGCCCAGAUAUGGCAGCCUGGUGUACUGUGGAUUACAGGGUGUGAUGAGUGUGAUGGGUCCUAUCAGUUUAAGCAAUGACCUGGGCCAUCCUCUGUGCUGUAAUCUUAGAGACGGAGACUGGUUGCCUGGCUACAUAGCUGCCAGGCUCAAGGCACAGCCCAGUACUCAACAGCUCGGUGAAUGGUUUGAAGCUGUGUUUGAACAAUUAAGCAAGCUCCCUCGCUAUCUGAUCCCUAGCUACUUUGAUGCCAUCCUCACUCAGACUUCCUCCAUAAUCCAUGAUGCAGCCUGGUGUCAAAUGUCAACUUUCAUCAAGACGGGGUCCACAUUUGUGAAGGCCCUCUCCCUGGGCUCAGUGCAGAUGUGUGGUUAUGUGAAGACAGCCAGGCUACCAGAUUACUCCCCAGGUACCACAACCAGCGUGCAGAAUGCACAGACUGAUGAUGGGGAAGACAAGGAGGAGGUCUGCCAUGAUACUCUGUCUGCAGGUCUUCCUCACUUUUCCAGUGGUAUAUGGAGAAACUGGGGCAGAGAUACCUUCAUUGCACUGAGAGGACUUCUCCUUAUACCUGGGCGCCAUGAUGUGGCCAGAAACCUUAUUCUUGCUUAUGGAUCUUGCAUGCGUCAUGGCUUGAUCCCUAAUCUGCUUGGAGACGGGACUCAUGCCCGCUACAACUGCCGUGAUGCGGUGUGGUGGUGGAUGCAGUCUAUUAAAGACUACACCAAGAUGGUGCCAGACGGGAGCUUACUUCUGCAGGAGUUUGUGUCCAGGAUGUACCCUACUGAUGACUCUGAACCUCAGAAGCCUGGAGCACAUAAUUGUCCAUUGUAUGAUGUCAUUCAAGAGGCUCUACAAAAACAUAUUGAUGGAAUAUCAUUUAAGGAAAGAAAUGCUGGGCCAAAGCUUGACAUGGAUAUGACAGAUGCAGGUUUCACUGUCCAGGCCAGUGUGGACAUGCAGACAGGGUUCAUAUCUGGAGGUAAUGUCCACAACUGUGGCACCUGGAUGGACAAGAUGGGCAGCUCAAACCGGGCAGGGAAUAAAGGAAAACCUGCCACUCCAAGAGAUGGCUCAGCUGUUGAACUUAUUGGUCUCAGUAAGUCGGUGUUAAGGUGGUUGAUAAGGAUGAAUGAAGAGGGAGCUUAUCCUUACAGUGGAGUGAAAGCAAAGACAAAAUCUCAGGAAGUGACCAUUACCUUCAAGGACUGGGACAAGAAAAUCCAGGCUAGUUUUGAGAGAUAUUUCUGGAUCCACACCAGUCCUGUCCCAGAGUACGAACCACGCCCCUCCCUGGUGAACAAACGAGGCAUGUACAAGGACUCCCAUGGUGCCAGCCAUGAGUGGGCUGACUACCAGCUGAGACCCAACUUCUGUGUGGCCAUGGUGGUGGCUCCAGAAUUGUUCACUCCCACAAAUGCUUGGAGUGCCCUAUCCCUGGCAGAGAAUGUGCUUCUGGGACCUCUGGGUAUGAAAACAUUGGAUCCUAGUGACUGGGCAUAUGAUGGAGAUUAUGACAAUGAUGAUGACUCUGGAAACCCAAAGAGAGCCAAAGGAUUCAACUACCACCAGGGACCUGAAUGGCUGUGGCCAAUAGGGUACUUUCUACGUGCCAAGCUGCUGUUUGCCAAGAUCCUGGACAAGAGUAAGCCAGGCUUGCUGGAUGACACGGUGAAAUGUGUGAAGAGAAUUUUGUCCAAACAUCACCAGGAGAUUAUCAGUUCUCACUGGAGGUCCUUGCCAGAACUCACUAAUAGUAAUGGCAAGCCAUGUCGCCACAGCAGCUCCGCCCAGGCAUGGAGUGUCUCCUGUGUCCUGGAAGUCCUCUAUGAUCUGGAGAAGAUGGACACCAAGGCACAGAAACGAAGAAAAAGCAAGUCCUAAAGAGGUUUUGCUCUAACAUAGCACAAUUGGGUGUGACUGAGGAGCAUUUUUCUUUUUUCUUUUUUUUUAUUAUUAUUUUUUUUUACAUGCAUUAGUGAAAUUCACCUGUCUCCAUCUCUGUUUGUAGUGGCUCAAAAUUUAAAAAAAAGUUGCUCACUUGUUUUUGCCAACAGUUUUAGAUAUGAUGUAUUUUGGUGAUGAAGAAGGAAAAAGUGUUGAAAUUUAUGGGAAAAUGACUCUUUUCAUAUAUAUAAAGGUCCAAUAAUCAUUAUGCGACUUAAACAAACUUUGAAACUGUUUUAGAUAAGACAACAAAUAGUCUUUAGUAUGUAUCCCAUCUGCUCUAUUUUAUUUGGGAAUACCACCAUCAUAUGUUUAUUAUGAGGAAAAAAAUGUUACACAAUUGCUUUAUAGGCCAGUCACCUCAGGUUGUUUCUAUAUUCAGAAAGAAUUACUUUUGCUUAUUGAUAGUAUCUCUUCUACUUAAGAAAAUCAUAUAUAAAGUGGGGUUGGUUAAAGGUAGUAUUCAUAAGUCUUAAGGUUGUUUAUCAUGUCACAGGGGAAUAGGCUUUUUAGAUUUUUGUGUUUGCAAUAUUUUUAAUAUUAAUUUUCUGUAUCUCUAUAGUAACCUGUACUUAAAAUAUGGUAGUAUAACCCUGUAGCAUUUUCCAUUCCAUCAAAGUUUUUAAAGCUUACCGUGUAACAGUUUGAAGUCAAUAAGAUAUUACCAAAGAGUGCCUAAACAGAGACUGUGUAGCCUUUCAAUUAGACAAAAUGAGCUUGAGGUAAAUAAGUUACAUUCUGUUAUGGAAUGUUAUUGUGCCCAACUUAAAAACUCAGCCAAGGUCUAGGGAUUUGACAUUUAGGUUCUGAAGUCAAAAGAUGGAUUUCAGAGACUAAAUGAACUUAAUUAUGCAAUGCUAGCAGUGCUUUUUUUUCCUAUCUCACCAUCUGUUUUUUGGAAGAUCUGACCCGAUUUCCCACAUGUGAUUGCUGUAUUGUUACCUGAUAAGCAUCUAAUGAAUUAACGUUGGACAUUUUUAUUUUAUGGACAAAAUCACCGUUUUGAUACUCAGAUAGGUCAGUAGACUCAAGAGUAGUAAUAUGUCAAAACCUCCUUAGGAUGUGACCUUUAUCUGAUGGUUAAAAUAAAGGCACUUUUGUGAAAUCGACAAUAGCUGCUCCUUUGAUAACAAUGUAGUUUCCAUAGUUACCUCAUGGUCUCUAUAAACUAUGAUUAGUAGUUAAAGAUAAUGCCAAGGGGCAGUGCAUUAGUAUGUUAGUGUUUGUUUUGAAAAGGUUUACAGAUGUGGCAUUUUAUGAAGAAAAUGUGCCAAAUAAGUAGUUAAUAACAGUUAAUAUGAGAAUUUAUCUUGUUGUUAUUUUUGUGAAUUGCAUGUUUGAGUGACUUACACUCUUCCAGUUGUCCAGUACCAAAUUUAAACUAAUGAGAUUUGUUGCAAUGGAAAGUUUUACCAGUUUGUUUGGUAUAUUUCAUGACAUUUUUUAUUCCUAAAGAACUUUCAUUGUAAACUGUCUUAAUGUGACAUAAGCAGUUUAUGUUGUUUUGCAGUUUAUUAUUAUUUUUUAACUGUCAAUCCAAGUUGGUAAAACCAUAAUUUUGUUUUGGUCUGUUCAUUCUUAUUUUUCUUUGUUGUUUUUCAAUAGCUGGGUUAUCGGUCAAGUUCUUUCAAAGCAUUUGAAAACUGGAUUUUAAGCACUCCUAUAAGUUAAAUGGUUUGUUAUAUUGAAAUUUGUAUUUAAUUCAGUAUUAUAUGUUCUUUCUCUUACUUUUGCCCAGCUUUUAUGCCUGUCGGUGGUGUACAAUGUAAAUGUAGCUGCUUUGGCUUUCUUAUUUCAUACCAAUUCCAGUAUUGUUGUAACAUUUGAAUUGUAGUUUGUCCUCAUUGUAUUGUAUUGUGUUGUAUUUUAUAUGCCAUGGGGUUAAUCCCAUGCAUGUUCUUCUAUCAUUUGUUUGCUCCAUGAGUACAACAUGCAUUGAUUGGGUUAUUUUAACAGCAGAUACUCUGUGGGCCCUCUGUUAAUUAAUGUUAUCACAUGUUAAUGAUUGUGAUCUUGUUUGUUAAUUCCAAAAGAUUUAAUUGGGAUUGAAAUAUUAGUAUUUACACAAGGAAAUGAAGCCCAUAAUGAAUGAUAAUAUAAUUAAAAAAAGAUGUUAACACCCA